CCUUCUUUCUUAUUCUCUUUCCCAACUCGAAAGUCUUCGUCUUCUUGCUCCGACCUUGCAGUAGCUCAGCUAAUCCAACUAGUGCUUUGGUGGGUUUUCCAUAUCACCUCGCAGAAGUAAAUUAUUCUGUAGAAUCUUGAUCUGUUUGAAGAAGGAUGGCUUGUGAGGAAGUUCAAUCAUGGAGCUUUGGUGGUCUUACAGGAGCAUUUCUUGACCUUUUAGUAGCUUACUUCCUGCUGUGCAUAUCAGCUUGUGUGUUUUUUGUGUCCAAAUUGUUGAAUUUUUGCUGGGUGUAUUUGCCUUGUCCUUGUAAUGGGGUUUUCGGGUUUAGAAACCGAGAUCUUUGCUUGCAUAAGUUGCUUAAUGAGUGGCCUGUUGCGAAGAUUUGUGCUGUUCAGAAGCUGGUGAUGAGUAGGUUCCCUUUUGAUAUUCGGUUUAAGGAUCAGACAAGCAAUUUGAGUCAGAAGUUGAUUAGGGAUGUGAAUGGAGAGAAUGGUGUUCUUGAAUUCGGAGGUGAGUCGUGUUAUAGUCCGUUUUCGAGUCCAAGAUUGCAAAGCUUGGUUGAUAAGGAAAGUGGGUAUGAUGCUAAGGGGAAAAGAAUUGUUGUUCUGAAGAAGAGGACUGGUAUUCGGCGGCCUAGGAGGGAUAGUUCAAAAUCUCCUCGUAUAUUCCCCUUGCCUCUUGAUGAAAGAGAAACAAGAGAGGUAUCUGGUGAAAGCUCAAUUGCUCUAGCUGCAAGACAGGAUGAGCCUCAAGCAACCGGAGAUGAUACAGGGGAAAGAAUACAUGGAAAUUCCAAGUUUAGUGGAUCAGCAGUUGAGAGUAAAGGUCUGGACAUAAGUUACGGUGAAGAAAAGUUUCCCGUUGUUGAAAAUGAAAGUGAUACAAUCAGGAUUUUGCAAGGAGCACUCGCGAAAGAGAAAGCUGCCACUGCUGCUCUCUAUUUAGAGCUGGAGAAAGAGCGAGCUGCUGCUGCAACUGCUGCUGAUGAAGCAAUGGCCAUGAUAUAUCGUUUGCAGAAGGAUAAAGCAUCAACAGAAAUGGAAGUGAGACAGUACCAAAGGAUGAUUGAAGAGAAAUUUGUUUAUGAUGAAGAAGAAAUGGAUGUUCUGAAAGAGAUACUUCUUACGCGGGAGAAGGAGAAUCACUUUUUGGAGAAGGAAGUUGAAGCAUAUAGACAGAUGAAUUCCUUAGGAAGUGAACAGUCUUAUGGUGAUUCAAAUGAUAAGUUGUGUGAAUGGAGACAAACUGCAGUUUCUUCGAAUAUAGAUUCACAACUGAUGAUGCCGUGGACUAAUGAAACAAAAUCUAACCAUAUGGGAGUGGUGAAUAUUGCAGACAGUACCUCUCAGUUUGAGGCUUCAUUUGUUGAAAAACAAAUUCAUUCCAAUGGACAUGAUGUUGUUGAGAAAAGUGUCCUUUCAGCAUGGGAAGAAAAACUAGAAACAGAUAAUGCAAUGUGCCCAGGAAUGACAACUGAAUCACUCCAAGCUAAUAUUGGGAUCAACAAACAAUUCUAUUGUGAUGGAGAAGAGCGGCAGCAAAAUGGGAACACUAAAAACAAUUGUCAAAGUCCGAUGCUUGAUACAGAGACAGCUGUUUAUGAUGUUCAUGUCAUAGAAGGUAAAGAUGAAAUGUUGAAAGGAGAAAGUAGGCCAUCAAUGUAUGCUGCUUUGGAGGGACUCCAAGAUUUGACAUGUGCAGCAUCUGGGGUCUGUAGCAGCUCGGAACCUCUGCUGAGCGUAGGAAAAGGCAAAACUCCUCUUUGAAACUUUCAGACAAGAUUGGAUAUCAGCGUUGCAAGAUUCUAAAGCAAAGAUAUCCGGUGUGACUUGCUUGUUUACCUGCUUUAUCCUCUUAAGGUAAAUCUUAGUGUUCCCAGAUUGACCUACAUUUCUAGAAGUUGUCAGCAUGUGUUUAUCCAUACAUUUUUCUAUCAUAGCUGAGGUUGUGCUGCGUGCUCAUC